UUUCUCGUUCAUUUUGUUUAUAUUCUAUUUCUUAAAUUAAUCAGGUUAUUAUGUUAUUGUGUCAGGUUAUUAUGUAUAUUACUGUACUUUAUAAAUUUAAGGUCGCAUGUGAAGCUUUUCGGUAGCGUCAUGUGAAGAGCUAGCUUGUAAAUGCUACCGUAGUACCCGUUAGUCUUUUGUUGCUGUCGAGUUUUCAUCAUUCAUACUAAGCUGCAUUAAGUUAUUGAUGAUUUUCGAGCCAGCAGGAUAAACUACUUAAACAUUCACAACGAAACUGUGGUUAUUUGUUUUCCAUUUUCCGGUGUUAAACAGACAGUGUUUGUUUCAGAAACAACAAACCGUGUUUGUUUAAGAACGCUGUCUUAAACAAAGACCGUGUUCUCUGUCGAACUCAUCAAAAUGUUAAGCAACACAUUCCAGCGUGUAAAGAUGGUGCCACUGGAGCAACUCCACCUCAAUCACGUCUUACAGACAGUGUCUGCACUGGAGUCCGUCAUCCUUCGCAGUUUUGGACCUGAAGGAGGACAGGUGUUGUUCACUAGAGAUACAGGACAAGUGAUGAUUAGCCGAAGCGGAAAACGCAUCCUCACUGCACUACAUCUGGAUCACCCACUGGCCAGGAUGGUGGUGAGGUGCGUCUGGAAGCACAGCACAAUAACGGGUGAUGGAUCCAAAACCUUUGUUCUUCUGCUUGCAUCAUUACUGCGAAUAAUUCAUGCAACAGCCUCUAAGGAGACUCAUAUGUUUCAGUCCCAUAAUUCCACAAAAGCAGCAGAAGCUGCCACUGCCAGGCACUUGGCUGACAGACUGCUAGAAUUUGCGCUGACUGAGUUGGAUGAACUCAUUGUGCUGAAUGUGCUGCCACAUGGAUUCUGUGUUUCAUUAGAGAAUUUCACAGCGAAAACACAACAUAAUCUCAGUUUUCAAACUCUUCUGGUAUCGUUUUUUCACACACGCCUGGGCUAUGCGUAUUGUGACUUUUUCCGCAAACUCUUCUGUGAACUGCUCAGUCACUGGAAGGUAAAAGACGACCAACCCUCAUUCUCCAUUCAACUUUUAAAUAACAGCUUCCCAGCACUGCAUACCCAAGUAUCAGGCGUCCCUGUCAGCUGCUCACGUUUGAUUGAAGGGCAGGUGAUUCACAGAGACUUUGCUACGCCUUGCCCCCAAGUAAGAAAGCAGCCACUUAAAGCUGUAGUUUUCAAUGGAUACCUGCAGCCGAAAUUACUCAGCACAGGAGAUGUACUUGAGUUGCGUUGUGGAGACAAAGUGACAGAGGACAGGGGUAUUGUGCACUUUAGCUCUUGGACAGAAAGCAACACAGGCAGGGAUGUGCCUUGUGGAGUGUGUCAGUGAAGAAGAAAUUUCUCUGUUUACGCAGCUAAGUGGGGUAACACCCAUCUCAGACUGCAGGAGGAUUCAUCCAGAGCAUAUUGCAACACUGACUUUCUGUAAACCAUUACUGCUUGGA